CCCAACCAUGCCAUCACGGCCACGCGCUCCAGGUUCCACCGCCAACUCCAUCGCCGCUGAGAUGGGUGCCCAGGGAAUCCCUGCCCGGGGCGGCUCCCCUCCCCCUCCCGUCACCACCAAGCACGACGCGUCCAGCACUGGCGAAGCCCAAAGCGGCCCCGUCCGCUCCCCGGCCCCGGAAGAAAGCGACCGCCCGGUGGAGGAGGAGAACUCCCCCGCGGAAAUCCCUUGGUACGAUAAAAUUGAGAACAUAGAUGAGGAGUACCGCCUGUACUUGAGUUGCAUGCGCGUGGUGAAUGGCCACCAGAUGGUGGUCGUGCCGGAGGGUGGGCUGGACGCGAAGCUGGUUCCACGGAAGAAGGAUGGGAAGAGAGCAGCUUCCCGUGCUACUUCAGGGAUUGGGAAGAAGGAGGAGGGGAAGGGGAAGGUGGCGGCGAUCGCCGCGGGUGGGCAUGCGCUGAAGUCUCCCGCGGGCGAUUCCACUACGCAUCCGCAAAAGAUUCAGAAGGAGAAGAAGAAUGGAUGGAGCAAUGGUGCUAAGAAGAUCAAAGUGGCGGAGAAAGAAGAGAACCCGUCGGCAGAGCCGCAUCGGGAAAGACUCAACACUGCUUGGAAGGAGAAGGGGAAUGUGGAGCCGAAGCUGCCUAUGGAAACACUGAAUACUGUGAAGAGGAAAAGGAAAUCAAGUGAUGUCCAAAACGCUACUGCUUCGAAGGGGAAGGAGAAGGUACCGACGAUCAUCACGGGUGAGUCUGCGCGGAAGUCUCGUGUGUGCGAUUCCACUACACAUCAGCAACAGGUUCAGAAGGAGAAGAAUGGACGCAAAAAUGGUUCUAAGAAGAUGAAGUUGGUGGAGGAAGAAGGGAAGCCGUCGAAGGAGCUGCCUGUGGAAACACUGAAUAUUGUGAAGAGGAAAAGGAAAUCAAGUAAUGUACAAAAUGCCGAGUCUCGUACUGCUUCGACUGACAACAGAAAGCCACAACUUCGGAGAUCUGCUCGACUUAUGCUCAGUCCACCUGAAAAUGAUCAUAAGUAGACUUUAGAGUAACGUCUAUUUUGGGAGAAUCAAAAUAGAUUGCUUUAUUCAAAAUACUUUCCUUUAUCUUGUUGUUUGGAAUUCUUCGGAUACAUUCCAUGUAUAUGUUGGUUCUUGAAUUUUACAAGCGCCUAGUCAGACUAUCUAGUAGUCUAUUGGAUAUGGUAGUUUUUUCAAGUAAUUGGCAAUAGUGUCGCCUUUCAAUUACAAGAACAUGGUUGUUUUACAACUGCUUGUACAAGCGACUAUUUUGGGAAGUAUAGUUGAGGCAUGUGGACUACUCGUGAAGGAGGUAACUACAAGAAUUUUGCACGGAUAUCUGCUAGGGCUAGGUGCGCCACCACCAGAUAAAUCAUUCUCUGUCCAUUGAAAACCCGGCAAUUCC